AAGUACAAUUGUCAGUACUCACACUUGUCCCGGAGUCACUCUUGGCAAGAUUAGCUUAAUCUGUCCCCCUUUUCAAAGUUAAAUUAGCUAACUUCUCAAGCGUCUUUAAAUAGCAAAUCAACGAUAUAUAAAAGAAAUGCUGUUGCCUAGGAUCCGUUUGCUAAGGUCAGUGGCGUCCCUGACAACCAGGGCGUUCUCCAGGCGGCCUGUGUCUCUGCAGGGGAAGGCCCCGGACAUGUCUGAGGGAAAUGCUCACUUGCUAGUGUCAAAUGUGCGCAACCGGUUGAGGGAGAUUGUGGGAGCGUCCACUAACUGGAGGGACCACCAGCAGGCGUUAGCUGACCGUUUGUCGUUGUCCAAUCAGCUGGCUGGUUCUCAAGAUGAGCUUCCUGUCCGCAGGAUGAAGGACAGCUACAUAGAGGUCCACCUUCCCCUGGGCACAGACCCUACACUUAGAGAGAAAUACCUCAACUAUCACAAAGGUGUCAGGUUUGGCCGUAUCCUGGAGGAUCUGGACAGUCUUGCAGUGUUGAUCUGUUACUCUCACACCCAUAACAAGGCACUUCAGAGAUCUCCUCUGUCCAUCGUCACUGCCCUGGUGGACAAGAUAGACAUGAGGAAACACAUCAUCCACCCUGACUGUGACAUCAAGUUCGCUGGUCACGUGACCUGGGUGGGGAAGACCUCCAUCGAAGCCAAGAUGCACAUGUCUCAGUACCAUGAUGGGGCCUACACUCCAGUUCUGGACGCCACGUUUGUUAUGGUGGCCAGAGACCCUGAGAACAAGAGGGCAGCAUUUGUUAACCCUCUGCAACCAGAGGGGCCUGAGGAGGAGGAACUGUUUCAGCAGGGAGAGAUCAAUAAGACGCGUCGUAUAGAGCUGAGCACAGCGUCUCUACUGAAGGUGGCCCCUACUGCUGAGGAGAGGAAGAUCGUACACAGCCUGUUCCUCAACACCCUGGACACCAAGACAGUGAGUUUCCGUAGCAGAGUUCUGCCUCCUAACUCCGUAUGGAUGGAGGACGCCAAAGUUAAAGGAUUGGAGAUCUGCCAUCCACAGGAGAGGAAUAUCUUUAACAGGAUCUUUGGAGGGUUUCUGAUGCGGAAAGCUUACGAGCUGGGCUGGGCUAAUGCAUGCGCCUACGGGGGGUGUCGGCCUAACCUGGUUGCCGUGGACGAUAUCCUCUUCCAGAAGCCUGUAGAGAUUGGCUCCCUAUUAUUGCUCUCAUCACAGGUGUGUUACACAGAGGGGAAGUACAUCCAGGUCAGAGUUCAUACAGAGGUUCUUGACCCCCUGACCCGGCAGCACAACACCACUAACGUCUUCCACUUCACCUUCGUCACAGACAAAGACGUCCCCAACAUAGUACCACAGAGCUACGGAGAGUCCAUGUUGUACCUGGAUGGGAAGAGACACUUUAACCAGACUGUGGAGUCUCAGUGAGACAAGAUGAACCCUGACCCAACACAACAACUGCCUGCCAAAGCCCUAGUGUCCAGCCACCCCACCCGCCCUCCUUACUGUGUGUGUGUGUCUAGUUACAUCAACAAUGUGUCUAUUCAUUUGUUUCUCACUAUGUACCAUAUACUCUAAGUGACCGUUUAUUAGGUACACCCAUCUAGUACCGGGUCGGACCCCCCUUUGCCUCCAGAACAGCCGGAAUUCUUCAGGGCGU